AUGAUAAUAUCGUCGCAACGCCAUUUACGCGGGAUCCGAAUAUUAUGUCAUUGUCCGUUAAUUUUGACGGUUAUUUCGUUCCGCGGACCGACGCGGCCGUCGGGCUUCCAGUAUGCCGCGCGCAGCGUUUACACGCGGGAGUAUCGCGAUAACGAUCGGUACACCGAUUCGGUAAACCGCGUGCACCGCCGUCGCAAACAUGAAGACCGCGGCGUUUGUCGGCGUACAGUCCGCGUUACUGGUCUUGUCGAACGUAAUCGGCAUCAGCCACUUUGCGUACGAGUUCAAUCGCGAACUGCUGUUGGAGAAAUCCGAUUCGAGCGUGUUGAAGCUCAUCGAAUUGUCGCGAACAAUCGUUCUGUUUUCGUUCACGUACGCGGUCGCGAAACGGCCGACUUUCCGUCGACGCUACGCUCAACUCGUCCGCUUCUGGGCCGUAAUCGUUCUGGCCCGGCUUUCGAGGAAGCGCACCAUCACGUACGACGUCCGAACAUUGUAACUAGCGGUGCACACAGACAUUCAGAACCAACCCCCCCCCCCUCCCCCCGAAAUGUCUUUCUUGGCUACGUUUUUUAAAACCGAGCUUUACAUUGAACAGCAUAAAUAUCCUAUAGCGCAGAAUUAAAUAAUACGAUUUUAUUUCGUCGCGUUUACUUGGUAAAAAGAGUGAUAGUACCUAUUGCACUGAUUGAGGAUGACACUAAAGGAAAUUAUGAAAUUAUGAUAGGCGCAAGCCCCGUCGAAAAAAAAAAAAAUCCCGCGCGUACUACCGAUUGUAAUAUUACGCUGACAAUGUUAACUCGAAUGUUUAUUUUGUCAGAUAAAAUGAUAGGCAGUGGCCGAAGUGGCUGAAAACAAGUGGAGGGACGUCUUAACUUUUGGUCUCAUAUUGUGGCUUAUACACGUGCCGGUGAUUGGAGACGGAGAUGAGUUGAACCCCUAUGGCCCUGUACCUUAUUUUUACAAUACAAUUUUGUAUAGAGGAUAGAUUUUUGUUUUUCAGUUUGUGUUUUUGGGGCAGGGGUUCCUAAAGAAAAUUACUACUUAGCAAAAAAAAAAGUGAUACUAAAGACGGGUGCAGCCACUGUUGUAAACGGAUAAAUCAUUGCUAACUUAUUUUUCGAUUGGAGUGAGAUUUCUGGUAGAAAAUGUGUAGGAAAACACGGGGUAAAGCCGAUACGGGGGCAAAACUGAUAUUGUUUAUAACGCAUUAUUCUAUGCAUGAAAAUUAUCAGGUUUCGAUUUAUUUCAUUUCUUAUCGUAAAACGUGUUGUUAUCACUGUUAAAAUCAACUGUAACGUUUUUUUUUUAAUUGUUGAUCGAUAAUGAACAUUUUGAACAUUUAAUUACUAUUAUACUUACAUAUUUUGUGUUUAAGAUUGAACUAAGAUAUAACUACACUACAAUUAUCAUACACGUCUAGUAUGAAUCUAUAACUUGUAAAGAUUGUUUUGCAAUUCCUAACCUAAUUUUAUCUAACAAUGUUGUGUAAGUUAUCGACAAUUUUGUAAAAAUUAUGCUCUGGGGCGAAACCGACGGGGCAUACCGAUUGUUUAUUAGUUUUUAUUAUGCAUACCCAAUCGUCGAUACCUAUUUAUUUUAGGUUAGGUUAGCACCUGCCAUGACAGGCAUCGGUAUUGUCCCAUUACAAAUCGAUAUUGCCCCGGAAUCGGGGCGACAUCGAACAACUGUGCAAAAAGAUCAAGUAUAUUUUAUGAUCCCGAAUAAUUAUGGGGGUAUUCAUUUUUCCGGUAAGUUUUACCCCGUGUUUCCCUACAUCAUAGUACUAUCAAUGUAUUCAUCGCUCCUCUCCGCUCUUUUCAACUUUCCCGUGAACACUUGGUAAACAUAAAGAAGUAAGGAGAUCCUCCGGUAUUUUCGGGCGUAGCCAGGUUUUCACCCGUCUUAGGGUAGAGAAACUUCGUUCUGCAGUAGCUACACCCAUUGGUAACGUACAGACUACGCUUAGAAACCGGUAUGCUCUAGGAAAUAUGUUUGGAUCGCAUUUAUCUAGAGCAUCCAUUGGUAUUGAUAUAUUAUCAUACGGCAAUACAAGGAUUUAUAGAGUUGUAAGAACAAUUGAAGAAAUAAUAUGACUGGGGGGUAGCUGGGCUUCUCGACCCCCCACCCCUGGAUGGAUCCGUCACUGAAUGGAAUAUAAUAUUAGUAUUAAUAUUUUUCCUUUUUUACGGCCGUUCUACGCUUGUUCUCGUGUUAAUAAUCGAUAUCACCCAAUAAAUUAAUUAAUGAUACGGCAGAAUAUAACAAUAAUCGUACAACGAUGGAUUAUCGAAUCGCACAAUUUCACGAAUAAAACACGAAUCAGUUACACAGCAGAGAUGCGGGCCAUAGGUGGCGCCUUCACUGUACACUAUUAUGUUAUUAAUAGCCAAUUAACGGUUUUUUAUUUAUUUAUUUUUUUUUUCUCAACUUUAUUUUAGAUUAAUCAACGGCAUUGUCGAGUUCGACCGGAAGUUAACGGCACUGUCGACGCGGGUCGACGAUGGAUCGCCCGGCACGUUGUUCUGGUCGGCCGUGUUUGCGGCCUACUCGGUGUUUUACGUCACGUUACACGCGGCCGUAUCGUUGGACGCGUGGACGAUCGACCGGAACACCGUCGGCCACCUGAUCGAGAUCUUGUUCACCGCUCCGCGCGUAAUGGACUUCGCGAUCGUGGCCGCCGCCUGUUUCUAUCUGUGCAACUUGGGCCACCGGUUCGGCGCGCUCGCCUCGAUCUGGCGGAGCUCGUUGCCGUCGGCCGACGCGAACGACCCGCGCCGUGGCCAAACGACGCGGAUGACGACCGCGGAAACGGCGAAACUCGCGGAGACCGUACGGCUGUUGCACGCCGAACUGUCCGAUGUGCUCGGCACGUUCAACGCGGCCUACGGCCCGAUGUUUUUGAUAUCGUUCGCGUUUUUCGCGUUCGACGCGGCGUGCGACACGUAUCGCGCGACGUUUUCCGGGGACUUUGCAGCGGGACUCGCGCCGUGUUUGCAAUACGUGCACGAUUCGUGUCUCGUAUUUUGCGUGGCGUGCGUCGCUUCGUGGACCGACAAUAAAGUUAGUUAUGCGAUCAAAUCGCGGCGGAGCGAUAGCAAAAGAACCGCAAAAGACUUGCGUGUUUUUCGUCCUAUGGAGUGGGUUGGAGAGGGGAGGGGUGAGGUUUGUUCUAGCAAACAAAAUGAUACGAAUGUGUAGGUCUAAAGUUUAAAUCGGAUUUCGUUCAAUUUUGACGAUUUUACCGGCAUAAAUGCAUAGUAUUUGCAGAUUAUAUUUUAUGCACAAUACAAAACACGUAAUAUUUCACAUGUUUUAGAGAGAGAGAGAGAGAGAGAGAGAGAGAGAGAGAGAGAGAGAGAAAUGUCAAAAAGAAAUGCUACGGAUUCGGGGUAGUAUUGAAAAUCUUUCCGGAAUAGUCAAAAAUCUGACAAAUAGUUUAAUAUUUUAUGUACCUACGCAGUACGAAAACAUAUUGCAGGCUGACAACCGACGAGCGCAUUCAGUGUAG